CAACAAGCAUGAGUACAGAGACUUCAUCUUACGAAAUGCAAGUAAGGAAAGAUGAGGUCCAGAAUGAAUCUAAUACUACUUCUGCUACUAAAACGAAACCUGCUCUUUCAUCUGGAAAGAUAUUCUAUCGACCUGGGCUCAUUGACGAAGAGACGGAUGAAACAAGCGUUCUAGACAGUUCUGUGAUAGAAUCUCCGAUACUUGGGGUGGGAUACGGUGAUAGUGGAUUCUUGAGGCCGCCGCUACAUCAGACGACUAGUCUUCAUAGAGUCCCAACUUACAGCAGCUCGAUCGGACAAAGCACUGUUUAUCGACACGACGUUUGUAGAAGCCGAUCGCACAGGCAUGGAGCUUCUAGAAGAACUAGAAGACGGGCCAUUCUCAAAAAUGGUGAAUGUAAUAUUCUCAAGUCAAAGAUCUCACAACGGCGUUUACGGUUCCUUCAGGACAUGUUCACAACGCUCGUGGAUGCCCAGUGGCGAUGGACUCUACUCGUGUUCACGCUUUCCUUCAUUUUGUCCUGGUUGGGUUUUGCUCUUAUCUGGUGGUUGAUUGCAUUCACACACGGCGACCUCGAACCGGACCAUUUACCACCAAUGCAAGAGAGUACAAAUUGGAAACCGUGUGUUUUCAACAUUUUUGACUUCACCUCAUGCUUCUUGUUUAGUAUUGAAACUCAACAUACCAUUGGGUACGGUGCACGUACUACGACAGAAGAAUGCCCAGAAGCUAUAUUCAUAAUGUGUCUGCAGAGUAUAGUGGGUGUAAUGAUACAGGCUUUCAUGGUAGGUAUUGUAUUUGCUAAGAUGACGAGACCGAAGCACCGAACUCAGACACUUUUAUUCUCGAAAUAUGCAGUAGUUUGUCAAAGAGAUGGUGAACUGUGUCUCAUGUUCAGGGUCGGUGAUUUGAGAAAAUCACACAUCAUAGGAGCGAGCGUAAGAGCACAAUUAAUUCGAUCCAGAACAACUAAGGAAGGAGAGCUAUUAUCACAUUAUCAAACUGAAUUGGAGCUAAACGCAGAUGGAUGUGACAGUAAUCUUUUCUUCAUUUGGCCCAUCACAAUGGUUCAUCGAAUAAAUGCCAAUAGCCCUUUCUACGGUGUCUCCGCUGCUGACGUUCUUCAAGAAAAGUUCGAAAUUGUAGUUAUCUUAGAGGGAACCAUUGAAUCGACGGGACAAACGACACAAGCGCGUUCUAGUUAUACAACAAGUGAAAUUAUGUGGGGACACAGAUUUGUGCCGUUAGUGACAUAUAACCGCGAACGCCAAGGGUACGAGGUUGAUUACUCGAAAUUCGAUAAUACUGCGCAAGUCGAUACUCCCCUUUGUUCUGCUAAGGAGUUGGAUGAAUUCUACGGGAAUCAAGCUGAUCGUAGAUCUAUUGGCUACACGAACAGCUCAACGGUGACUGGUAUUUUUUAUGACAAACCAAUAUCACCUCUCGCAAACGUAGUCAACAGACUGGUUGUUGAUGCUAUGAGGCGAACGAGUCUAAGCAACAAACCCUCUGUUGUGAAAUACCCACCUGAUUUCUUUAAUAGUAUUAAUACUGAGGAACACACGACGUCGUCCAGUGAAGAUGAAACCAAAAGGAAAAUAUGAA